UUAGUAUAUAAUUUAUUUAAAAACUGUUUAAUUUUAGUUGAUGAACUAUUCAGGAAUUUAAGAAUUGUUGAAAAUUCUCUUAAAAUAAUAAUAUGUUACUGAAUAUAGUGAAAUUAAUAAUUCUUUUUAUUCAAACAAUCAACCAAUCGAUUUGUGUUGAUCUAAAUAACAUUACACAUGCGGACAUACAGACUCUGAAAAGGGAAUACCCAAAUAUUUUUAAUGCCAAACUUCAACAACAUUCUUAUUAUAUUAUAUCAAAAAAUGAGGUAUUGUAUUGUCCAGUACCUUACAGUCAUGAAGUAGAUAAUGAAGAAGUUCCUUAUGAAGGUAUAGAAAUAAUAAAUAGAAAAUUGGAAGAAGUGGUUGAUAACUGUGUGUAUGAAGAAAAAUAUGCUUUGGCUUAUAUAAUCAUUUUAAAUGCUAUUGAACGUAUGGGCCUUACAUAUAUGUAUCGGUUCUGCGAGUUUGCAAUAGAAAUGAAUAAAAAAGGUACCAAUAUAUUUGAUUACUUAGAAGGCUUUAGUGAACAUCUUGCUAAACUUAUACGAAUAUUUAAUAGAGAAAUGAUUUCUCUUAAGCCGUAUGAAUGUAUUUUAGAUGUUUACAUAAAACACAAACCCAAUCAUAAGAAUUGCAAGUUUAAUAAAGUAGACAAAAAAUACAGAGAGGAUUUACUAAGCUGCAUGGAAUUAAUGAAAGAUAAAGUACACUUUUUAGCAGAACCUCGUGUAGAAUCAAUGAAUACUAUGUCUAUAGACAAAUUAGUAGAGUAUAAUAAUAAUAAUACUCGAAUUAUUCUUGAUGGGUUGCGUUUAGUGCUAUAUUUUCCUGAUUACAAAAUUAUAAUUGGAGUUAAAAAUCAAACCUCUUGUACUAUAUGUGGACGAGAAUACAGUGGUAUUAUCCAGAUAAUUUACAUUUUUUCACCAUGUGGACAUGGCUGGUGCUGUAAUACGUGUGCUGACAAAAUUGUGGCUUGUCCUGUAUGUAAUGAAUUGACUACGGGUACUCAAAAGCUAAGUAUACAAACACCUACUUCAAUAGUUGAAAAAGAGCAUUGGCCCUUAUCGCCAAGAUGUAUCUUAGAUGGACGAGAAAUACGUUGUUUAAAAUGCCGUAGUCAAAUAAAAGAUGCAAAUCCUUCAAACAGACACGUAAUGAGACCAUGUGGUCAUGGUUGGUAUUGCAGAAAAUGCGCUAAGAAAAAAAACUGUUCAUUAUGUAUCCACAAAGCCACAGGUUAUUUGCGUGUAAAUUUGUUAAACAACGAAUAAAUCUAAUAUAGUUAUU